UUUUUGCGUCGCCUGAAUGACGUCCUCUUUUCGUGCCCUCAGAGAGAGGAUCGGAAAUUAAGCUCCAGCAUCCAUCGAUAAACCACAAUGGCCGAGGAAGGCAUCGCAGCCGGAGGUGUGAUGGAUGUGAACACCGCUCUCCCAGAAGUGCUGAAGACCGCACUCAUCCACGACGGCUUGGCCCGCGGGAUCCGUGAAGCCGCCAAGGCGCUGGACAAGCGUCAGGCCCAUCUCUGCGUUCUUGCCGCCAACUGCGACGAGCCCAUGUACGUGAAGCUAGUGGAAGCCCUGUGUGCUGAGCACCAGAUCAACCUCAUCAAGGUUGAUGACAACAAAAAACUGGGCGAGUGGGUGGGCCUCUGCAAGAUUGACCGGGAAGGCAAGCCCCGCAAGGUGGUUGGCUGCAGCUGUGUCGUUAUCAAGGACUACGGCAAGGAGUCGCAGGCCAAGGAUGUCAUUGAGGAGUACUUCAAGUCAAAGAAAUAAGAUGUGAAUAAAAGCUUGGAAUUGUUUGAAAA